AUGAGGCGAUUUAUCAUAUCUUCCGGUCGCAUUUACAGUCUUUUCAACAAACAUUGCCAGGAAAAAUACUCCAUACCUUCAAAAGCGCGUGGUUUUGCAACAAAUUCAGGUCCAAAACUCGAUUAUGAUGUCUGCGUGAUUGGAGCGGGCCAUGCUGGAAUCGAGGCUUCCGCUGCAGCUGCUCGUCUCGGCGCACGUACAUUGCUCCUCACUCAGCGCCUUGACACUAUUGGUGAGAUGUCAUGCAAUCCGUCAAUAGGCGGCGUCGGUAAAGGAACCCUUGUCCGGGAGGUCGAUGCAUUGGGCGGACUUAUGGGUCAGAUCGCCGACCUUGCUGGAGUCCAGUUUACGAUGCUCAACCGAUCCAAGGGCCCAGCAGUCUGGGGCCCUCGUGCGCAGAUUGAUCGAAAGCUUUAUAAACUCCAUAUGCAAUCCGCCCUCAAGAACUAUCCGAAUCUUUCCUUGAUGGCAGGAACUGUUCACGACCUUGUUCUUGCAGAACCCAGCCUGGAUGAGUCUGAGAGGCCUAGAGUCGCUGGUGUGAAGCUUGAAUCGGGCGAAGUUGUUUCGUGUAGUCAAGUCGUGAUUUGCACUGGUACUUUUCUUGCUGGAGAGAUCCACAUUGGUCUUCGUUCGUUUCCGGCUGGCCGGAUGGGAGACCGAGAGUCGCCUCCUGCUGGUCUUUCUUCCACACUAAAUAAAGCCGGCUUCAAGCUGGGUCGCCUCAAGACCGGCACUCCAGCACGCCUGGCAAAGGAUACCAUCAACUUCACUGGGAUGACGCGACAAGAUGGGGAAAUUGACCCCUGGCCCUUCAGUUUCAUUACAGACGAGGUGGCAAAUAAGAGCAAUCAAAUACCGUGCCAUCUCACGCGGACGACAGCAACGACUCGUCAAGUUGUACUUGCCAACCUUCAUCGUUCGAUUCACAUCCGAGAAACCGUCAAGGGACCAAGGUAUUGCCCGAGCCUGGAAGCCAAGAUACUCCGGUUCAAGGACAAGGAAAGCCACUUGGUAUGGCUUGAGCCUGAAGGCUACGACUCGGACCUGAUUUACCCCAACGGUAUCUCGAAUUCGCUUCCAGAGGAUGCCCAAGAGGCAAUGAUCAAAACUAUCCCUGGUUUAGAGGGCGCCAAAAUUGUGAAGCCAGCUUAUGGAGUCGAAUACGAUUGCGUUGACCCACGGGAGUUGAACCCUACACUUGAGACAAAGCGCAUUACAGGAUUAUUCCUCGCUGGGCAGAUCAACGGCACGACAGGAUACGAAGAGGCCGCCGCCCAAGGCAUAUUGGCCGGACUCAAUGCUGGCCUUGCUGCUCAACGGAAGCAUCCUCUCAUUCUGUCAAGGUCAGACGGAUAUCUAGGUGUCAUGAUCGACGACUUGAUAAGCAAAGGAGUCGAAGAGCCUUAUCGCAUGUUCACGUCACGAGCAGAGUAUCGGUUGACUAUUCGUUCGGACAAUGCAGAUCUACGACUCACAGAACAGGGCAAUGAUGAGAGAUGGAAGAUAUACGAGUGGACGAAAGGAGAGAUGCUUCGCGUGCGGGACGUCCUACAAGCGACAACCAAGACGCCCCAGGGCUGGGCCUCUCAGGGGAUUGCGUGCAAUCAUGAUGGCGUUUGGAGAAGCGCCUAUGACUUGCUACAGAUGCCAAAUUGUCCAAUGGAGAAAAUCAUGUCUUCCAUUCCUGGUCUAGAGGGCGUAGAUCGUCGAAUCCUUACCCGAAUAUGGAUCGAGGCUGUUUAUCAUUUCUACCUUAAGAGACAACGCACAGACGUCGAGGUCUUCGAACGGGACGAGUCGGUUGAGCUUGCCGAUAACGUUGAUUAUGCGUCAAUCCACGGUCUGAGCUCAGAAGUCAAGGAAAGAUUGCAGAGAAUGAAGCCACGCACAAUCGGAGCGGCAAAGCGGAUGGAAGGAAUGACUCCAGCAUCCCUGCUGGUUCUAUUACACUACGUCAAAAGAAAACCACGAAUAGGUGACUCCGUUGACGGUGCGGCUUCCCUGAUCCGUCAGGCUUGA